GAGCUGUCAGUCUGCGCUAGGCAGAGUUUCUAUUGGUUGGGCUGGAGGCAGGGACCGCAGCUCACUAUAAAAGGUGGAGCCGGUCAAGGCGCCGGGAGCAGCUGACAGGACCAGGUCAGAAGGGGCUCCCAGAGCAGCGCAGCAGCCGGAGUGCCUGGGGCCGCACGAAGCAGCAGCUCGCAACGUGCACUCUCCCCUCCGAGCCCGCCAGGGCCCCUACCCCGGAGCCCAGCAACUCUCGGUCGCGGUCCGCGCACGCAUCUCCAAGGACCCCUCGUCUCACCUGCGCCUGCCACGCCCCGUCCGGCCGCCAGAAUGAGCGAGCUUAACACCAAAACACCUCCAGCAACCAACCAGGCAUCUGACCCUGAGGAAAAAGGGAAACCUGGCAGCAUUAAGAAGGCCGAGGAGGAGGAAGAAAUCGACAUUGACCUGACAGCGCCAGAGACAGAGAAGGCUGCCCUUGCAAUCCAGGGCAAGUUCCGUCGAUUCCAGAAGAGGAAAAAGGAUUCCACCUCCUGAAUGGCCAGGCCUCCCCUUAACCCUCUAUCUACUUCCUCUCUCCCCUCCACAGCUCUGACUCUCACGCGCCUCUCGUCCCUUCAUCCCUCUAUCCUCUCCCCGAGGCAAGCUUAACCUUUUUUAUAUUCUUGUCUCAGGCUCUCUUAAGCCAUCACAGUCGUAGAGGCCCAAGGAUGCGUAGGAUGCGUAGUCGCUAGGCUAAGGGUGGAUCAGUCCGUUUAGGAGAAUAAAGGGUUUCGAGGUUUGUUUCUCCUCUUCUUUGUCUAGUGCUAAGGGCAGGAGGGGAAAGCCCCCAGAGUGCAGAGCCUCGAGGUGGGGCACGUGUAGGCUUCUGCCAGUCGCACCAGUCACCCUUCAGGUAACAUUUUCAGCUCCAUCUGCACAACCCCACCCAUCUCCCGUGAUUCAGCCACCGUGCAGCAGAACUCUCUCCCGGGCAGACCUAAACAAGGAGCUUGCAACAUGUGGGGGUGCAUGCCUUUAGUCCCAGAACUUGGAAGGCAGAGGCAGGUGGAUCUUUUGAAUGUUCAAGCCAGCCUGGGUGACAUUAGUGAGUCCCAGGUUAGCCAAGGCUACAUAGACCCUGUCUCAAAACAAAACGAAACAAAACCCCCAAAACCUGCCCGUGCAAAAAUAAAUAUAAAUAAGUAAAUAAGGCAGCUUAAUAUAUUAGUGCAUGCUGAGUAGAUUCCUCCCAAGGAAAGAAAACUGGGGCUGGUAGAGAGAAGUAAAGAAAAUCUUCCUUCACCGUCCAGACGGAGGUCAGAAGAGCCAGAGGUGGUGAAGGUUCAGGGCCUACAGGCCGGGAAAUGAAAACUGAGAAACGUUUACGAAGGAAAGCAAAACAGAGACGGUCAGAAUGUCCGAAGCUACACUCUAUUGUUAACUAAAUACUCCAGGAGGGGCUCUCUGGCCUUUGCUAACCUGCCUACCUCUUUACCCGCCCCCAUCUCUAGUUAUCCCCAGAGCCAUGUGAACCAAGUGACACCCCCUGUAGUUCUCAGCCACCCCACUGUGGAGUCAGGGCAGACAGCGCCACUGUAUGUGACUUUAGCAUGUUUAAUAAUUAUGACAAUAAAAAAGCCCUCAAAUGGGGGCAUUGAACCUCUA